CAAAAACAAAAAAUGUAGACACAAAUUGAGACCCUGUAUUUGAAAAAUCAUCAAAAAUCAAAAGCAAAAAAACAAUCUGUUUUGGGUAUUCAGUCAGAAAAGGAAGGAGAGUGUUUGGUGACAUGGAAAGACACAAAUCAGAAGAAAUGAUCAAGAAAGGUCCAUGGACAGCCGAGGAAGAUGAAGUACUUGUCAAAUUUGUGAACAAGUAUGGCCCUAGAGAUUGGAGCUCCAUUCGAUCCAUGGGACUCCUGCCCAGAACUGGCAAGUCCUGUCGUCUCCGAUGGGUCAACAAGCUCAGACCCAAUUUGAAAAUUGGGUGUAAGUUUUCAGCAGAGGAAGAGAGAGUGGUGAUAGAGAUGCAGGCAAGGUUUGGGAACAAGUGGGCAGCGAUUGCGUCGCAUUUGCAGGGAAGAACUGACAAUGAUGUCAAGAAUUUUUGGAGUAGUAGGAAGAAGAGGCUGGCUAGAAUUCUUCAGUCAACUUCGCCGCCGCGACAGACCAAGUCACACAAAAGCAAAGAUAAUGCUCUGGCUGUUCAUGAAAUGCCCACUUUGCAGGCACCCGAGUUCACUUCCCCACAAAUGAAAGAAGAAUCCUAUUCAAAGUUUCAACCUUGCUCUUCUUCUUCCAUGGAGGACCCUAAAAUGAUCCACAAAAUGCCACAACCUAAUUUUAUGAACCCAAACAUGGCCAACAUAGAUUCAAGCCAACCCUCACUUAACACCACAGAAACAGAUACAAAGCCUUCAAAUGAAAUCCUACUCCAACUCUCCUUCACCCACCUACCAAACUCAAAACUAGACCUCCCAAUCUUGGCAGAAAGCCAUGCUGAACCCAACUUUCUUGAUGUGUUCACUAGUCAUCAACAACAGGCCUUUGAACUUGGAGAUGUGUCACAACUAAUCAACUUUGGCUCACCAUUUUUUGAAGUGGAGGGCAUUGGGAGGGAUGAUGGAAGAGCCAAUAACGACAGGCUUGCAAGCCCUGACAGUUUCUUCGAUGAGUUACCGUCUGACAUGUUUGACUAUCUUGAGCCAUGUCCAAGCUCAUCUCCUCUCUGAAUUGCUGGUGAGAAGUGUACUUUACUUACUCAUGAAGAAAGGAAGUUCUAUGUGUAUGAUCUGUUUAUUAAAUAUGGUAGUUACAUCUAUUAUUAGA